AUGUGCGGCAUCGUCAUCGCACACGGCAUCGACAAGCCUGCGCUAGACAGACCCCGUGUCAUCGCGUGCGCUAAGAAGAUCCGCCACCGAGGCCCGGACUGGUCGGGAUGUUAUUGCGGAAAAGAGACCAUCCUUGCCCAUGAACGACUCGCCAUAGUCGGCGUCGAUACCGGUGCCCAGCCCCUCGUGAGUACCGAUGGCAAGAUCAUCCUCGCCGUGAACGGCGAGAUCUACAACCAUAUCAAGCUGCGUGCAGGCCUCAAACAGCCGUAUCAGUUUAAGACUCACUCAGAUUGCGAGGUCAUCAUCCCACUCUACAGGGAGCAUGGCACCAGCCUCUGCAACCUUCUCGACGGCAUGUUCUCAUUCGUCCUUCUAGACGAAUCCGUCUCUCCUCCGCGCAUACUCGCAGCACGCGAUCCGAUCGGCAUCACCACCCUUUACCAGGGCUGGUCUUCUAAGCGACCUGGCGCGACGUUCUUCGCCUCGGAGCUCAAAGCUCUUGUCGACGAAUGCGACGAUAUCAUUUCCUUCCCGCCUGGGCAUGUAUAUGACAGUCGUGAUAAAUCCACAACGCGCUACUACCAGCCCUCAUGGUGGGAUGGCGAUCUCGAGGGCCCCAACGCGGUGGCCCCGACCGCUCCAGCCAACCUCACGCACCUCCGCGAAGCUCUAGAAGAGGCCGUGCGCAAACGACUCAUGUCGGAGGUACCGUAUGGCGUCCUGCUGAGCGGCGGUCUCGACAGCAGCCUAAUUGCCGCGAUCGCGGCGCGAGAGACCGAGAAAGUCGCGCAGGCGCAGGCAGAGCGGCGCAGCAGGAGGCUCGCGGAGCUGAACAGCGGCCCGCCGUCGCCCAUUGGCAUCGGUGCAUCCGAGUACGCAACGAUCGCGUCGUGGCCGCAGUUGCAUUCCUUCUCCAUAGGCCUUGAGAACUCGCCAGAUCUUCUGGCUGCGCGCAAGGCAGCACAUUACCUGGGGACGGUGCAUCAUGAGUACGUGUUCACCGUCCAGGAGGGCCUCGACGCCAUCCCGGACGUUAUCUAUCACCUAGAGACGUUCGACGUGACGACCGUUCGCGCGAGCACACCUAUGUAUCUGCUCAGCCGGAAAAUCAAGGCUAUGGGUGUGAAGAUGGUCCUGAGUGGUGAGGGCAGUGACGAGAUUUUUGGUGGAUAUCUUUACUUCCACGCGGCACCUGAUCCCGUGUCCUUCCACCAGGAGUGCGUGCGGCGAGUCAAGAACCUGCACACGGCAGACUGCCUGCGGGCCAACAAGUCGACAAUGGCUUGGGGCCUUGAGGCGCGUGUACCAUUUUUAGACAAGAACUUUCUCGAGGUUGCGAUGAACGUCGACCCCAAAGAGAAGACUUUCAACACUGGUGAAGCACGGGAAACGGAUGAGGAUGGCUGCCCGAAAAUGGAGAAGUACAUCUUACGAAAAGCGUUCGACUGCGCGCCAGACGGAAAGCCCUAUCUUCCCCGUUCGAUCCUCUGGCGACAGAAAGAGCAAUUCUCCGACGGUGUGGGAUACUCUUGGAUAGACGGGAUGAAAGAUCAUGCAGAAGCAGUCGUCUCCGACGAAGCGUUCGAGCUGCGCGCAGAACGAUGGCCGGUGAGCACGCCUGAUACGAAAGAAGCGUACUUUAUCCGCGAGAUAUUCGACGGACUUUUCCCGCUGGAGGCUGCUGCGAAGACAGCUGUGAGGUGGAUACCGCGCGGAGACUGGGGGUGUUCGUCAGAUCCGAGCGGGCGGAGCGUGAGCAUACACAACGCGGCGUAUCAAUCAAGUUAG